AUGGAUACAAAUAUUUCAACGUUAACAGUUAAAAGCCAGAAUAAAUACUUUUGUAACAAAGAGUCAUUUUAUUAUGAUCAACAAAUAUGUGAGUUGCUGAGUAAUAAUGCUGUAAAAAAUGGAAUCUACAUUGGAGGAUCGAAAAUUCUUCCAAGAGAUUUAUUCCAUGGUCUCGAGAAUCUUCAACUUAAGGUAUUAGAAAUCAGCUGUUACAAUCAGAUAACACUGCCAAAAGAUAUCUUCAAUCCUCUUGAUGAUCUUCGUACGUUACGAAUAAAUUACAACGAACUACAAUAUCUAGAGUCGAGUAUUUUCUAUGAGUUAUUACAACUUCAGGAACUUGAUCUUAGCAAAAACAAACUGAUAACUUUAUCAAAAGAUAUAUUUAAUGGUCUACAAGAUCUAUGCAAGCUACGUUUAGAUUCAAACCGACUGACUAACCUUGAGCCAGGUAUUUUCCAUGAUUUAUUGAGCUUAAAUAAUCUUGAUAUCAGUGAUAAUAAUCUCACAACUUUAUCGAAAGAUAUAUUUAGUCGUUUAGGAGAGCCUAAUUAUCUUGUUUUAUAUUCAAACAAAUUGAACAAUCAGGUAGGUUGUUUCUAUGGUUUAUCAAAUCUUCACAAGCUUGACAUCAGGAAAAACAGUCUGACAAUAUUGUCCAACGGUGUAUUCAAUGGUCUCGAAAAUCUGCAGAUAUUAUAUUUACAAUCGAACAAACUGAACAAUCUUGAGGCAGGUUGUUUCAAUGGUUUAUCACGACUUACCGACCUUGAUAUAAGCGACAACAGUCUGAUAAAUUUGUCUAGAGAUGUAUUCAAAGGUCUUGAAAAUCUUAAGAAACUAGAUUUACAUUCAAACACAUUGAGCAGUCUUGAGCUGGGUAUUUUUGAUGAUUUAUUACAACUUAAGGAACUUGCUCUCAGCAACAACAAUCUCACAACUUUAUCGAAAAAUAUAUUUAGAAAUUUAACACAGCUUCGUCAUCUUAAUUUGUAUUCAAAUAAACUGACCAAUCUCGAAUCAGGUUGUUUCAAUGGUUUAUCGCGUCUUGAGAAGCUAGAUAUGAGCAAAAACAGUCUCACAACAUUGUCCAAAGGUAUUUUCAAUGAUCUUGAAAGUCUUCAAACAAUGUUUUUGAAUUCAAACGAUCUACAAAAUCUUGAGUCAGGUUGUUUCAAUGGUUUAUCACGACUUACCGACCUUGAAAUAAGCGACAACAGUCUGAUAAAUUUGUCUAGAGAUGUAUUCAAUGGUCUUGAAAAUCUUCAAGAGUUGGAAUUAAGUUCAAACACAUUAAGCAAUCUUGAGUUAGGUGUUUUUUGUAAUUUGUCGAAACUUGAAAAGCUUUUUAUCAGCAAAAACAAUCUGACAAAAUUAUCAACAAACAUAUUUAAUGGUCUCAAGAAUCUUUUUCUCCUAGAUUUAGAUUCAAACAAACUAUGUUAUUUUGAGCCAGAUUGUUUUAAUAAUUUACCAAACCACACGGGUCUUUUCAUCGAUGAUCACAAAUUAACGAGUUUACCAAAAAAUAUAUUCUAUAAUUUAGAAAAACUCGACUCCCUAUAUUUAAAUUCGAAUGUACUACAAUACCUUGAAUCAGGUGUUUUCAAUAAUUUAUCACAACUUCAGGAACUUGAUAUUAGCAAAAACGAAUUGACCAGUUUAUCAAAAAAUAUAUUUAAUGGUCUACAAAAGCUCUGUAAAUUAAAUUUAAAUUCGAAUGAACUACAAAACCUCGAGUCAGGUUGUUUUAAUGGUUUAUCAGAACUGAAUCAACUUGAUCUCAGCAGCAACAAACUGAAAACUUUAUCAAAAGAUAUAUUCUAUGAUCUACAAAAGCUCUGUAUACUAAAUUUAAAAUCAAAUGAACUACAACACAUCGAGUCAGGUUGUUUCGAUGAUCUAUCACAACUUGAGCAACUCGAUCUCAGCAACAACAAACUGAAAACUUUAUCAAAAAAUAAAUUCUAUGAUCUACAAAAGCUCUGUAAACGAAAUUCAAAAAUUGAUCGAACUAUAACACCUCGAGUCAGGUUGUUUUAA